GUUGAAUACUGCGAGUUAGUCUUUUCAUUGCACAGACAGGUGUUGUAAUAAAGCAUUCCAUUUUUCAAUAUAUUCUACAGUAAAACAAGAAAAAAUUCAUCAUGAGGGAAAUUGUUCAUAUGCAAGCUGGUCAAUGCGGAAACCAAAUUGGUGCCAAGUUCUGGGAAGUAAUUUCUGAUGAACACGGUAUUGACCCCACUGGUACAUAUCAUGGAGACUCAGAUCUUCAACUUGAAAGAAUCAAUGUCUACUACAAUGAAGCCACUGGAGGCAAAUAUGUCCCACGUGCUGUGCUUGUUGAUCUUGAGCCAGGUACCAUGGACUCUGUCAGAUCUGGCCCAUUUGGACAAAUCUUUAGACCAGACAACUUUGUCUUUGGACAGAGUGGAGCUGGAAACAACUGGGCUAAGGGCCAUUACACAGAAGGAGCUGAGCUUGUAGACUCCGUCCUUGAUGUUGUCCGCAAAGAGGCAGAGAGCUGUGAUUGCCUUCAGGGUUUUCAACUUACACAUUCCCUUGGUGGUGGUACCGGCUCUGGUAUGGGAACGCUCCUCAUCAGCAAAAUCCGUGAAGAAUACCCAGACAGAAUUAUGAACACAUUCAGCGUUGUGCCAUCUCCCAAAGUUUCAGACACUGUUGUUGAACCAUACAAUGCUACCCUAUCAGUACAUCAGCUUGUUGAAAACACAGAUGAAACAUACUGCAUUGACAAUGAAGCCCUCUACGACAUCUGUUUCCGUACAUUGAAACUAACCACACCAACAUACGGUGACUUGAACCAUCUUGUGUCUGCUACCAUGAGCGGCGUCACCACUUGUUUGAGGUUCCCUGGUCAACUGAAUGCCGAUUUGCGAAAAUUGGCUGUCAACAUGGUUCCAUUCCCACGUCUUCAUUUCUUCAUGCCUGGUUUCGCACCAUUGACCAGCCGUGGUAGCCAGCAAUACCGUGCGCUCACCGUCCCAGAGUUGACACAGCAGAUGUUCGAUGCCAAGAAUAUGAUGGCUGCCUGCGACCCUCGUCACGGCCGAUACCUCACAGUCGCUGCCAUCUUCCGUGGACGUAUGUCCAUGAAGGAGGUUGAUGAGCAGAUGCUCAACGUUCAAAACAAGAACAGCAGCUACUUCGUCGAAUGGAUCCCCAACAAUGUAAAAACCGCCGUCUGCGACAUUCCACCAAGAGGCCUCAAGAUGUCUGCCACCUUCAUCGGUAACAGCACCGCCAUCCAAGAGUUGUUCAAGAGAAUCUCUGAGCAGUUCACCGCUAUGUUCCGUCGUAAGGCUUUCUUGCAUUGGUAUACUGGUGAAGGCAUGGACGAGAUGGAAUUCACAGAAGCUGAAAGCAACAUGAAUGAUCUUGUGUCUGAAUACCAACAAUAUCAAGACGCUACUGCUGAAGAGGAAGGUGAAUUUGAGGAAGAGGAAGAAGAGGAGGAAGCUGCCUAAAUUUUGCAUUUUCCUUAAAAAUUGCAACCUCAACUUUUCUUUUAUGUUUAUUUAAAUUAUUUAUAUGAAGUCAUUAAAUGCAGAUGUCAAAGAAUUUCUUGCUAAAUAGGCAUACUGCAGAUAAUCCUAAAUAAUGUUACAGUACUUCCUCUAUAAGUCUAAAUGCAAUUAUUCAUAAAUCUUGUAAACAGGGUGGCAUGUAACCAUAUUUGAUGCUGGUACAUCCUUUGGUAAAUUGAAAUAAAAAUAACAUUUGAAAUGCAAA